CAAAUAUAUAUUUUUCUCAUUCUAACUUAUUGCACCAGUGCAGCAGUACAGCUACCAAGAACAAACCUCAUACUUCUCUCUCUAAAGAAUUCGGAAAUACUUAUGUUUCGCGCAUGCUUGCACAUAUUAAUACAUUGAAAUCCAAUGUAUCGGUAGCUGUCAAAUACGUUGUGAUAUUUGCGAUUAUCGUUUAUAACAUUGUAUAUGACUCAACUUCUUUUUAGACAUAACAACGGAAAUGCCAAAUGUAUAAACGCGUACAUAUAUAAAGAAUAUUUUCAAGGGCCUCACCUACAGUUUGAAGUAUUAAAAAAAUGAAAGAAAUAUACUAUAAGUUCUAAUAAAGUAAUUUACAUAAAAUUAUACAAAGUUUUAAAAGUAAAAAAUAAUUUUUUACUUUGGUUUCUUUUCACUAUGAUAUUUGAUAGUGCUAAAUCAUAAAGGAACAUCGCCUUCGAUUGUAAUGUUUUCAGAUAAUGAAAUAGUCUCUUUAAUCAAGAAUACCAAUCAACAAAACGUACGGUUUAUCCUGGAUAAUAUUAAGAGUAAGAUUUACCCGACAAUUAAUGAAAAGCAAUACAAUAUGGCUUCAGCAUCCAGUACAAGCGCACGUAGCUUAUUUAUCGAGUCAAAGAUGAGAUUAGCAGAUAGAGUGCAAGUUAAUGUCAAUAAUAUUGCCUCGCUCGCCAGGCAGAUACAACGAGGUUCUAAAAGUAGUGAGAUUCUAACACAUGCAGCAAGAAAUUUUGCGCAACAGGAACAUGGAUUGGAGACGAUGGAAUCUGGUUUGAAGAAGCUUGCACUCAUCGCCACUCAUUUGGAAUAUCAAAUGGACGCGAUUGAUAAAAAUUCGGCAAUGUUGGAACAAGUUACAGAACAAGUGCGAUCUAUGCAACGAUAACAUAUUGAUACAACUAUUUUGUUGUAUAUAUGCCACGUACGCACGCACACACACAUACACACACACACACACACAGUUUUCUAUAUGUGAAUGAAUGUCUGCAGGAUAUAUGUAUUUAUAGAAACAAUAUGCUGGAUUACGUUUCCCUUGAGUACCUUAAUGUAUUGUUUCAUUCUUGUUCAACAUUCGUUAAACAAAGAUAAAAAAUGAUACACAAGAACACUUAGAGUAGCAUUCCUGAAUCAUAAUUUUAUAUCGCAGGAUUGAUUGGUUUUAAAAACGUGCACCUUUUUCUAAACUAAAUGAUGACUGUAUGAUUUGAAAAGUAUGCAUAUGUAACACUUCUUUCUUUUUGUUAUAAAUUCUUCUCAGACUGUUAUAAAAAGUUAUAAAAUGUUUUUAAUUUCUGUGAUAUAUUCGUAAAUUAAGACUGUAUGUUUGCAUUGUGUAACUAUUUAAAAAAUUAAUAUAUAUGUAGAUAAAAUAUAAAUAAUUCUUCUGUAUGAAAGGAACAUAAAAUUGAAAUAACACUUUCUUGAAGA